GGGAGAGCAGGUGGGGCUCCGUGGCCGAGGCGGGGCCCCUGGGCGGAGGGUCGGGAGAAGUCCCUGGGCGCUGCGCCCUGGGGCUGCAGGGAUCUCAGCUCACCGGUUGUUGGGUGAUGUUUCGGGGAGUCAUGGCCUCACACCUCUGUCUGAACCUCAGUGAUUGGUCCCAAUCUGCGGGGUCUGGAGUCGUGGGCUGGGACCACUGCCCGCCUGUGGGGAGAAAAUGGGGGUCGGCAGCGCUUUCUGGGUGGCUCCGCCCUCUUUGGCCUAUUUCUUUUGGGGACCGCUUGGCCCCGAAGCGCGUUCGAGUUAAUGACCCGUGGUGGGAACCGUCAGGGGAAACGGCCAAGCUCAAUUUCCCAUGUCGCAGAGGAAAUAACUGAGGCCGACCCAGGGAGAGAUGGUAGUUGCUUCCCAACCCUCCAGCCUGGGUUAUUCGCAUCCCGGACAAUGGGCGAAUUUCCUGGAACCCCCUUCCCUUUCUCUCUUCAAAUACCCGCAGAGAGGUGUCGGUAGCAGCCCUUGCAGGUGGGAAAACUCCCAGUUACUGCAGAACUUGGUCUUCAUAGCCCAAAGGAAAUAUUUGUUUGGAAUUUUGAACAAAACUAUUAUCUCAUCACCAGAGAAUCAGAGGCCAGAGAGUCCCAGAUACUCUCCCAGGCAAGCCCUGGAACAGCACCGAUUCCCUGGGACAAGUGACCAGAGCUGGCUGGUGUGAUCUCUCACAGUCUUGGCCUCCUGGAGAGACCAACAGCCCUCCUCAGCCCCCAGUUCCAAGCCGGAGGGGCUUAGAGAGGGUUUAUGGCGGAGUCCUGCAGGCUGAGAGGUGACCCUUCUCUGGCUUUGGCCCCACAUCCCUGCACAUGUCAGCCCUCAGUGGUGCCAAGGCUGGCAGGCGAGGCCGCCCAGAUGAGCUGAGGGUCCUGCACACCCCAGCCCACCACAGGGAAUGAAGCGUAGCUUGGCCAGUGUGGCCUGGGGCAGGUCAGCCCAGUCAAACUAAUAGACUUGCCCAGGCCAUCUCAAGGGGCCUGUGGCCUGGAGAGGGGCCCGACCCACUGGGUUUGAGGAUUCCUGACUUUGUUUUUGGUCAAGAGCAGGCUUCAGUAGCUUAUGAUUAGUUUGGAGCCUGGCUUCUGGCUCACUCAGCCAGGUCCUUGGGCAGUGACUUUGAAACUGGUGAUGGUAUUUUCCUCAAGGGGCUUUUCUGAGAAUUAAAUCAGAUAAUACUUGUAAUGCGCUCAAGUCUUGUGCCUGGAGGGCCAAGAGCUCUAGGGGGAAGUGGCACCCCUGUGGGUUAUUUUUCUUGUUACUGUUACAUUCAGCCCCAUGGCCCAGCCCUGCCCAUCGGGGGAAGCUGAAGGGUGGGGCUGGCCCCUGGAUUCAGCUUUUCUCUGUGACCUUGGGCCAGGUAUUACGUCCCUCUCUGAUGACCAGUGUCCCUACAUGUAACUCAAGGGGAAGGUGGAUCAGAGCACUCCUCUCAGCUCCAUCUUUCUAAGGCUCCUACGUUGAGGCACCCAGCAUCUCUCUGCAGAUCCCAAAGGCCGUGUUCCGAGUUCAGGAGAGGAGAGGACAUGUUCCACCAGGACAAAGCCCUGUGUGGGUCACUGGCCCAUUAGCCCGCAGAGAUGGUGGACCACCUGGCAAACACGGAAAUCAACAGCCAGCGGAUCGCGGCCGUGGAGAGCUGCUUUGGGACGUCAGGGCAGCCGCUGGCCCUGCCAGGCCGCGUGCUGCUGGGCGAGGGUGUCCUGACCAAGGAGUGCCGCAAGAAGGCCAAGCCGCGCAUCUUCUUCCUCUUCAACGACAUCCUGGUGUACGGCAGCAUCGUGCUGAGCAAGCGCAAGUACCGCAGCCAGCAUGUCAUCCCGCUGGAGGAGGUGACACUUGAGCCGCUGCCCGAGACCCUGCAGGCCAAGAACCGCUGGAUGAUCAAGACGGCCAAGAAGUCCUUCGUGGUGUCAGCCGCCUCCAUGACGGAGCGCCAGGAGUGGAUCAGCCACAUCGAGGAGUGUGUGCGGCGGCAGCUGCUGGCCACGGGCCGCCAGCCCACCACGGAGCACGCGGCGCCCUGGAUCCCCGACAAGGCCACGGAUAUCUGCAUGCGCUGCACGCAGACGCGCUUCUCGGCGCUCACGCGGCGCCAUCACUGCCGCAAGUGUGGCUUUGUGGUCUGCGCCGAGUGCUCCCGGGAGCGCUUCCUCCUGCCGCGCCUCUCGCCCAAGCCCCUGCGUGUCUGCAGCCUCUGCUACCGAGAGCUGGCCGCCCAGAAGCGCAAAGAGGAGGAGGAGGAGGAGGGCAGGGGGCCCCUGGGGCAGCCGGCUUAUCUGGCCGGGGCCGUCCUUGUGGCAUCCAGUGGGGAUGACGAUGACUCAGAUGAGGACAAAGAGGGUGAUGGGGAUGGCGACUGGCCUAGCCGCGUGGAGUUCUACGCCUCAGGCGUCUCCUGGUCAUCCUUCCACAGCUGACUCCAGGCCUGUCUGCAUCCAAGCAGGUGCAUUCCCCAGGCCCUCCAGGGAUUUGGAGCCCUGAGGACACUACCCCACGGGCCUUGCACAGUGGGUGUGGUGGUUUCUCUCCAGCCUCAUGCCUUUUGCUGGACAUCAGCUCCCCUCUAGUCCCGCUUCAGGCUGUCAUCUUUCCAUUAGCAAACCCCAGACACUUACCCCUUUGGAGAACAAAUGCUGUUUCUCAGCCCCGUUGGCUGUAGCUGAAGCUUCAGACAACCCCCUGAAUCAGACGAACCCUGGUACCCCGGGCAUAUUGGGGACCGACCAGAGGGGUCUGGAGCCCAGAGGGAAGACAGAGGACUGGAGUGCAGUGAGGCCCCCCAUCUGGACAAACACACCCCCAGGGUCGACCAUGAGUCCUAGGAAACCUCCAGGAAACCCAGGCCUACCCUCCCACCAUGCUGCAGCCCACCCACCUGCCCAGCUGAGCUGGCCAGUCUUCACCCAGAGUCACAUGCUUUGGGUGCCCCACGGCCCAGGGGACUACAGCCUGAGCCCCUGUGGCCCAGGGUGGCCUUCGGGGACUUUGCCCCAGCUCCUCUCUCCAGGGGUCAGGGCACCUCGGUCCUGUCAUCUCACAGCAGGUGGCAACAGCGGUGUUUCCUGUUAGCACUCCUGCUUGCAGGUGACAGAAACCCUCCUACAUCCAGUUAAUAACAAAGGAGGAUCAUUGACCCAGGUGGCCGGAAGGUGCAGAAGUGUUCCUGCUGGUCAGGGGCACGGACAGGGGCAUGGCUGGGACUAUCUCUCCCUCCUGGUCUUGCAGUUCUGCCGCCUUUCAUAUGGCCUCCAUUUUCUGCCCUUGUCACAGGGGCUGCAGCUCUGGGGUUUGCACUGUCAGGCGGGGGCUCAGCAGGGGAGGGACCGACUAUCUCCUGGAACCUUGUGGGCCCUGACCCCUGAACCAUCGCUGUGCCUGCGGAACUGCGAUGUGUGGAUUGGUCAGCCUGGAUCCUGGGCACCCUGCACAUGCUACGGGAGGAGAGGCCUCUGGUAGGAUUACUGCAAAAAAAAAAAAACUCGUUGCCAUUGAGUCAAUUCCAAC